AAUGAUUCAAUCUCCCUCCUGCUGGAGAACGAUAUAUAGUCUAUGUGUUUAGAGCAGGCCAAGCCAAUUCUGCAGGUGAGCCCAAUAAAGGCUAAACAGGGAUGCUUUUGAAGAAUAUAGAGAGCAGGGAAAAUGGAAUAAAAGCAGAGAAGAAGAAGAAGAAGAAGAAGGACAGACAAAGACAGCUGCACUGGUGAGAUAGAAAUGAGCUCAUGUCCUUGUUUCUACCUGUGCGGCUAUUUUAUCUUCCUGUACAUUUUUUUUUUUUUUUUUUGAAACUGUGUGAAUGUAAACCCAAUAUUAUCCCUCUAUCAUGUAUUAUCAUUUUUCAUAUUUUAUUGUAAUUUCUAAAUAUAUAGUCUUGACUUUUGCAGCACUUUGCCAGUAUUUUUAUUUCCUCUUAAUGUUUUUAUUGUAUGCACCAAACACCAAGGCAAAUUGAAAGUGAAACCUACUUCAAUGUUUAUUACUUGGCAAUUAAUCCUAUUCAUAUUCUGAAGUGUUCAAGUGGUGAAACACAUGGGUGGUUUAUAUUUGGAAUAAGUCACAGGAAAUGACAUGUAUUUGCAGCAAAGGUUAGUGCUGGCCGAAAUUGUUCUGAGAACUUCCUCUGGGUGGCAGAAAAACAUCAGACAAGCUGACAUAUAAAUAGUCCUCAUUAUGCAAACAAUGAUCCACUUAUUCAGCAAACAUAAAGCAACAUGUUUCUCCAAUAUUUACCGAUCUUUUGGUUUAGUUGUGGUUUGGUGUUCGUGGGUUUGUAAGAGUCUGCUGCCUUCAGGGUUUUGAUGAGAAUAUCUGACUGCAAAAUGUUAAAUCAAAACAGUACAGUACACAAGACUAACACACUAAUAUUACAUUACAUUACAUUACAGUCAUUUAGCAGACGCUUUUAUCCAAAGCGACUUACAGGAAGUGUAUUCAACAUAGGUAUUCAAGAGAACUACUAGUCACCAGAAGUCAUAAGUGCAUCUCCUUUCUUAAACAAGCAUCUUAAAGCAUAAGCCAGAGCAAAAGUAUAGUGCAGAGGCAAAUUACUACGAAAAUAAUAAUUGCAACAGACUAAUACGAAUAUAAUAAGUGCUACAAACUACUACGAAUAGGAUAAGUGCAGUAAACAAAUACGAAUUCAAUAAGUGCAGCGAACUGAUACGAAUACAGUAAGUGCAACAACUAAUACGAAUGCAAUAAGUGCUACGAGGAAGGCUCAGGGUAGUACUUCUUGAAGAGGUGAGUUUUCAGCCUGCGCCUAAAGAUGGGCAGCGACUCUGCUGUCCUGACGUCAGUGGGGAGUUCAUUCCACCACUGAGGGGCCAGGACAGAAAAAAGCUGUGACCGGGUGGAUCGGCCGGAGUUUGUAGCACUUACUAUAUUCGGAUUAGUCUGUUGCAAUUAUUGUUUUCGUAGUAAUUUGCCUCUGCACUAUACUUUUGCUCUGGCUUAUGCUUUAAGAUGCUUGUUUAAGAAAGGAGAUGCACUUAUGACUUCUGGUGACUAGUAGUUCUCUUGAAUACCUAUGUUGAAUACACUUCCUGUAAGUCGCUUUGGAUAAAAGCGUCUGCUAAAUGACUGUAAUGUAAUGUAAUGUCGUCCAGGGUCACACCCAGAUUCCUCACAGUCCGAGUUGGCGUCACUACGGCAUCAUCAAUGGUGAUGGACAGGUCUCGGUGCGGGCAACCCUUCCCCGGGAGGAACAGUAGCUCGGUUUUGUCCAGGUUGAGCUUCAGGUGGUGUGUCGCCAUCCACUUCGAGAUGUCAGCCAAGCACGCAGCAAUGCGUGCCUCCACUUGGGUGUCACCGGGAGGAAAUGACAAGACCAGCUGGGUGUCAUCGGCAUAACAAUGACAUACAAUUUAUUUGGGCUGAUGUAUCUGCCUACAUUGAACGUCAGAUGACCUUACAAAAGGGGGUCCACCUGGCAGGACUGGGGACGUUCACCUUCUCUCAGCAGAAGUUGGACAUAGGAAACAAGUACACAGUGAUCCAACGACCCAUCUUCCUCUUGGCUGGGAAGCUUGUCCAGUCUCUGGGUUUAAAGCAGGUCAGGCCACUGGCUGCAGCAACACACCUACCAGUGGUGCAACUGAACUUCGCAGCUGUGUCACAAGAGACUCCUUUCAGUCGAGACGUAGUGGAGGGCUGCGUUAGAGAAACUCUUCUUCUCCUCUUCAGAGCUCUGGCCUCUGAACAAAACAUAUACCUCACCUUCCAGGGAAUUGGAGUUUUGUCCUUCAAGAACAACAAGGUGCGGAUGAAGUUCAACAGAGGUUUUAUUAAUGCUAUGGAUGGAACUGGUCAGCUGCUGUUAGCCUUUAACAAUAGACCUGGGAGCAGUGUCUCUUUACUGUCUGGUGGACUGUCCGGGCUUCAGAGGCCACAGACUGCCAACCCCGUCACCCUGCCAACUGUCUGCUCUCCUCAGCUAGACAACAAAGCUGGGGACAAAGAUGUACGGGGCUUGUCACCAGCUCCAGACCAGAGGAAUGCAGGAGAAGUUCCCCAACAGAGAGAAUCUAAAUCCCAUCAGCCCCUGCAGCUUGCCAAGAUGAAAGCUGUCAGCCUGUCUGAAGAGCUGAAUCCAAAACCCCCCAUGGAGGCCACACACAGGCCCUUCACCUCCAUCACACCACCAGAAGUCACUCCCAAACUGGAGAAGCCUCGCGUGACUGUUAGCUGUUCUGGCCACACCCGUGCUGGACAGGAACUGUGCUACCUGUGCAUGCAGCGGGACCAAAGAGAUGUUCCAGUCUACCUGAGGGAGCAGCAGCAGGCCGAGGAGAGAGCUCAGGAGAAACUCUUACUGCUUAAAGAACAACAGAGAGACAAGCAGUACAUGGAGAAAGAACAGGAGAAGCUGAAUGAGCAACGUAAGCAUGCAAAGCAGGUUGCUACUUUCAACCUGCAAAUAUCAGAGAAGAAAGAGAAGACCUGCUGCCCUCUCUUCCCUACUUCGUUCGUCUUCCCGGCUCGGCCCUUCACCCCAGCCAGGAGGAUCCAGCAGCAUCGGUACAUGAACGAGCUUCAGAGCCAGAUAGAGGCGCGGCGGCAACAUGAGGCUCAAGACCAGCAGAACCAUCUGCUCAUGGAGCGUCUAGACCAGGUUCAGCUGGUCCAGGAGAUAGCUUUGCAGAAGGCUCAGCAGCUUCAGCAGAAACACGAGAGAACUACGCAUUACAAGAGGGCUCUUGACACACAGAUGGAAGAUAAAAAGUGCACAGAUCCUCCAGAGUGCCAAGCUGACAACUCCGGGUUCAACCGCUGUGAGACACCAGCCAACAACGCAGGAGGCCGAGAGAGGGCACAGAAGCUCUUCCAAGUAAAUUUCAGUGCUGCCACUCAGCGGAAGAAGGAAGAACUGCACAACCGCCAUAAACAGGUGGAGAAAGAAAGAGAAGUUCUCAAACACAACAAAAUGGAGUUUAUAAUGGACCGCAUCAAUCGCUUUGAGAAGAGGCGGGACAUCAGUAAGUCACUGGAGGACGAGUGGAGUCGCAGUGCAAAGCUCAAACACCAGCGAGAGGAGGAGGAGAGGCGCUUCCUGAGGUCUGCUGGUGAGCUUCUGGUAGAUAAACUGGCACAGUACAGGCGCUGCUGCCAGUGUAAGAGGAAGACCGCCAACUGUGGAGAGACCAACAUCUGGAAGGACUCUCAUUACCUCUCUGGCUCACAGUUCAUGAUCUGAUGAACAGUGUAGCCUAUAGCAUCUACAACUUAAACAUCAAUUCCUCAGAACCUAAACAAGCUAUCAAUCCUUGUGCCUCAUCAUGUGACAGUCACUUAAGAUUUAAAUAAUACGAUAAGCAUAUAUGAAGCAUGUACUUUUAUCAGCUGUGUUAAUGUGAGAUUUAUUCUUUCUCCUUUUGUCUGCGCAAAAAUCAUGUUUGAUGUACUUAUAUUUUCCCUAGAAUAUAGUUGAUUUUAGUAUUUCGAAAAUGUUUGAGUUCCCCGUUAGAAAUUUCAGCAGGAAAUCCGCCUUAAGUCAGAUUUCCCACUGGGAGAGUCGGGCAAAUCUUAGCAUCCCCGACCUCAAAAUCCAAGAUGGCAGCUUUGCGCAUCUACAGAAAAAAAGCUGCAGUGAAUACUGUUUAUGAGCACUUCUGUCUUAUUUGUGUCUCAAUAGAUCAGACAUACACAUUGCUGUCAAACUCCUAUCUGCAGACAUGUUGCUAAGUUGUUUGUAUGCAGAAAAAAAUGGCAUAAUGAAUGUUUUCAACCUGUAUGGCUUACAACGGCUAACAUGGCUGGAGCAAAGAACAUUACGUUUUCCGACUUCUUUUACUGGAAUGCCUUCAACUUCAGUGUGAUGUCAUUUCCAGCUCAGACAUCUGAGAUAAAUGGAACGCAGCGUCAUAUUUAGUUCAGGUCAAAGAUCUGUUCACAAAAAAUACAAGUAAUAGUGUAGGCAUACUGUCCAUGCAACUGAUACCUAGAUACCUUGGCAACCACCCUGAACACCAUAGCAACCACCUAGCAGCAAUUUAGUGACACUCACAUAAUCUAACAGUACCAAACACUUAAGAAAAAACAACCUCACAAACACUCAGCAAUCAACUAGCAAUGCCCUGUGUUAUUUUGCAACUCCCAAGCAUACGUCCGUUGAGAUAAAUUUGUGAUUUAAGGUUGUAAAAAUAAAACUGACUUGAACUGACCCCCAUGAACAAAUCUCUACUCUGAUGUUCUCAUUUAGUUUGGUUAAGAUGCCCUGUGUAUAAUUGGAGACAAGUUGAUCACUACGUAGCUACAGUAGUUAGCAUGUAGAUUGAAGUCAAUGCAUUUAAGUACGGUGUAAACAAGGCCUACAUUCAGUU